GCGCCGCGCGUGACGAUGCGGCGCCGCCCCCGCCCGCUCGGAGCCGGCGGCGGCUGCGGCACCGCGGGCCGGGACUGGGGGGGAGCGGGGCGGGGAGAGCCGAGCCGGGCGGGCGGAGCGGAGCGCCGGGCGCGGGGGCGGGCGGGGCGAGGCUCGGCGGCCCCGCCGGGCAGGGCGCGCUGCGGCAUGGAUUACCCCGAGCCCGGCUCGCCGCAGGGCGCUUGGGACCUGUUCGGCUCAGCCAGCGGCUACGGCGGGUUCGAGCGGCCGAGCCGCGCCGAGCAGGAAGCGGCGGCGGCAGCAGCAGCGGCGGAGCAGGAGGAGGAGGACGAGGCGGCGGCGGCUGCCCGCGCCCGCCCGCCCCGCCGCCCGCAGCCGCCGCUCCGCGCCGCGCUCUCCACCUCCUCCUCCGAGGGCGACCCCGAGCCGGCGGCGCCGCCGCGGGAGCGCAGCCUCAGCGACGAGGCCGCCGGCGGAGACUUCGACUCGGCCGAGUCCGGAGCGUCGCUGCGGUACUCGACGGGCACGGGCGGCGAGGGCAGCGAGGGCGAGGGCGCGGGGCUGGGCAGCAGCGACAGCGGCGGCAGCGGCUUCUCGCUGGCGGCCACCGCGCUGCCCGAGAGGCGGCGGCCGGGCGGCGGCCGGCCCCGCUAUGAGGUGGUGCGGGAGCUGGGCGCCGAGGAGGUGCGCUGGUUCUACCGCGAGGACCGCAAGACCUGGAAGCCCUUCAUCGGGUACGACUCGCUGCGGAUCGAGCUGGCGUUCCGCGCCCUGGCGGGCAGCGGCGGCGACGGGGAGCCGGCGGCCGUGGAGCCGGUGUGCGUGCGGAGCGGGCUCUACGAGGUGGAUGUGGCCAGCGCAGAGAGCUACCCCGUCUAUUGGAACCAAACAGAAAAGAUCCCUGUAAUGCGUGGACAGUGGUUUAUUGAUGGGACAUGGCAACCUCUGGAAGAGGAGGAAAGUAACUUAAUAGAACAGGAGCAUCUCAACCGCUUCAAAGGCCAGCAGCUGCAGGAGAGCUUUGACAUGGAAGUAUCAAAACCUGUUGAUGGGAAGGAGGUUCUCUACUACCUCCCUCCCUUCUCCCUCCCUUCUUUGUUCAAAUGGAGAGGAUAUAAGGAGAAAUCAGAUGCUGCAUGUCUUAAGCGAAAGCAUUCCCAAGCUAUUCAUAGUCUAAAGUUGAGUCGGAACCACGUGGACUGGCACAGUGUGGAUGAAGUGUAUCUGUACAGUGAUGCAACCACAUCCAAAAUUGCAAGGACUGUUACACAAAAGUUGGGGUUUUCCAAAGCUUCGAGUAGUGGGACAAGGCUACAUAGAGGCUAUGUAGAAGAAGCCACAUUAGAAGACAAGCCACCACAGACCAGUCACAUUGUGUUUGUUGUGCAUGGUAUUGGGCAGAAAAUGGACCAAGGAAGGAUCAUCAAAAACACAGCGAUGAUGAGAGAUACUGCCAGAAAAGUGGAAGAAAAGUAUUUUUCCAACCUUGCAACACAUGUAGAAUUCCUUCCAGUGGAAUGGAGAUCAAAACUGACCCUCGAUGGAGACACUGUGGACUCCAUUACUCCGGAUAAAGUCCGAGGUUUGCGGGAUAUGCUGAACAGCAGCGCCAUGGACAUCAUGUACUACACAAGUCCUCUGUACAGAGAUGAACUGGUGAAGGGGCUGCAGCAGGAGCUGAACCGGCUGUACACGCUCUUCUGCUCCCGGAAUCCGGAGUUUGAGGAGAAAGGAGGGAAAGUCUCCAUCGUGUCCCACUCACUGGGCUGUGUCAUCACCUACGACAUCAUGACUGGCUGGAAUCCAGUCAGGCUUUACGAACAGUUGCUGCAGAAGGAAGAGGAGGAGCUGGAAGACCGUUGGAUGAGCUACGAGGAGCAGCGUUUACUCGAGGAACUUUACCUAACUAAACAACGGUUGAGAGAGAUAGAAGAGAGGUUACAUGGGUUAAAGGCAUCCACCAUAGCAAAACCACCUGUCUUAAAAUUUAAGGUUGAGAAUUUCUUCUGUAUGGGAUCUCCAUUAGCAGUGUUUUUGGCACUGCGUGGCAUCCGUCCAGGAAACAGUGGGAGUCAGGACCAUAUUCUGCCCAGGACAAUUUGUAAUCGCUUAUUAAAUAUUUUUCACCCAACAGAUCCAGUGGCCUAUAGGUUAGAACCUUUAAUUCUGAAGCACUACAGCAACAUUUCGCCUGUCCAGAUCCACUGGUACAACACGGCAAACCCUCUCCCUUACGAGCACAUGAAGCCAAGUUUCCUCAACCCCACAAAAGAACCUACCUCAGUUCCUGACAGCGAGAGCGCUUCGGCGGCGCCCAGCCCGACCACGUCCCCGGUGAUGGUCCGGCGGCACUACGGGGAGUCCAUCACAAACAUAGGCAAAGCCAGUAUAUUGGGAGCUGCGAGCAUCGGGAAGGGCCUUGGAGGGAUGCUUUUCUCGAGGUUUGGCCGAUCCAGCACAACCCCACAGACAAUGGAGACGGGAAAAGAAGGAGCUGAGGGAGAGGACAAGAAGGCCACAACUGUUGGGACACCACCUUUACCCCACAGCAGCUCGGGCUUCCUCGAACCCACAGUGGAACUGGAGCACAGGAUCGACUUUGAGCUCAGGGAAGGUCUCGUGGAGAGCAGAUACUGGUCCGCAGUCACAUCCCACACUGCUUACUGGUCAUCCCUGGAUAUUGCUCUGUUCCUUCUAACCUUCAUGUACAAACAAGACCAGGAAGAGACUGACAAAUCCAAUUUAGACACUAUUUGAAUUUCUGAUUGUGGAUGGGAAAGGAACUUUUCAAACCAGUGGCACAAAACGGAUGUUUGACUGCAGAGCUGCAGCGUCCCAAGGCAUGGAGGUUUCAGGUUCAAGUGCAUGUUUGGAGGUUUUUUUCCUGUUUCUAAAGAGGAAAAAUGAUUUGUAUUUCGAAGCACUUUAUAGUUUUAAACAUUUUGCAGUGCUUGACCAGACCUGAAAGGGUUCCAAACUCUUGUUAACGUGGGCUGUGUAAAGAGCCAAAUCCAGCGUGUCCAUCCCGUAAGCACGUCGUGCAGUGUGCUUGGGUGACAUCCUUGCUAAUGACCAUAAUUGCUGUUUAGUUCAUUAAACUGUACAAAAAUUAGUUGAUUUAAAAAUAAAACCCACUAAAUUAAUUUCCAGUAACAAAAAUACAUAGUUCAAUGCAAACCUAAAACUGCCAUGUUCUGAUGUUUUAUGUACUGGUGAAUAACCAAUGGUGGUGUCAUUUUUCCAGGACUUUAUUCAGCUCCACAUCCAAUUAUCCACACUGAAAGCCCAUUCUGACUGCUGGCUUCUGGGGGCCUAUUCUACGUGACACAUUUAGAAAACUAAUGCUGAAGGAAAAAAAAAAAAAAGCAUGAGGCAAAUAUUUGAAAUACUGUAAUUAUAAUUUAUUAUUCUCUCUAAUCGUUUCAUUUUAUUCCAGUGUAUAAAACAUGACUUUUUUACUGGUUUCUUUUGACAUAAUUUAAGAACCACAUUUAUUUUCUACAGUGUUUAAGACUUUUUCUCAGAAAUACAUAUCUUUGUACUACUAUUCAAAUGAAUAUAUGGACACUGUGGCACACUUUAAGUAUUUUUUCAUUAAAAAUAAAUAUUUGUGGUUUCACACAAA